AUGUUAAUAACUCGCUUUAUAAAGUUAGCAGCGCUAAUCCUAGCGUUCCUCCUCGCUGUCUUCCUGGCGUUUCAACUCUUGGAGAUCAACAUGGAUUUUAACUUUGGCAGAUUCGUGUCUAAAUCUUUGCCUGUGAACGUAGGGCCAACAAAGCCUGCUGCACAUAAAUGUGGGCUGUCCAAGGCUUGUGCCCCUGGACAUUUUGCCUUCAAGAUGACGAGCGGUGCAGCCAGCGUGGUCGGGCCCAGAAUCUGUCUGGAGGACAAACUAUUAAUGAGUGGAGUGAAGAACAAUGUUGGAAGAGGAAUCAACAUCGCUCUGAUUAAUGGAAAAACAGGGGAAGUUAUCAAGACGGCUUAUUAUGACAUGUGGGCAGGAGACGUGGCACCCUUAAUUAAGUUCCUGAAUGAAAUUGAAGAGGGGACGAUUGUAAUGAUGGCAUCAUUUGAUGAUCCUGCAACAAAGUUAAAUGAGGAAGCCAAGAAACUGAUUGCUGAUCUGGGCAGCACGGCCGUAAAUAGUUUGGGCUUCCGGGACAACUGGGUUUUUGUAGGAGGGAAAGGCAUCAAGACCAAGAGUCCAUUUGAGCAGCACAUAAAGAACAGCGCAGAUACCAACAAAUAUGAGGGCUGGCCCGAAGUCUUGGAGAUGGAAGGCUGCAUACCCCAGAGGCAGAUCUGACCUCAGCCAAAGUCCAGUCUCUCCAGUCCACCCUGUCUUCCUGGCAUCUCUGUUCACACUAGGAUUUUUUAAUGGUUCUUUUUAUUGGCUGAGAACCGCUGAACUAAAAGCAUUUUGAUUUGACAUUUUCAAGAAAAUAAAAAAAUUAAAAAAAACUGCAGGUACUCAGAGCAGGGAAUUGGACCAGUUGUAUUUUUGUUUGGAUAAAGUUACGUCGGUGCAAACUGGAGCUCUGAGUGGAAGAGAUUAAUCUUUUAAGUAUUAGUUUUCUAUCAACCUUUUUUUUUUUUACACCCCAAAGACUGCACAUUGGCAGACUGUUGCUUUAUUUGAGUUAAAAAAAAAAAACAGAAUUUCAUUGCCCACAUUUUUAAGAAGGGCUAAACUUUUUUUUUUUUUUUUACCCUGCCUUAAAUCCACUUUUUGUACCUGUU